CGGGGAAGCGCGGCGGCCGGAGCGGGCUCCGGAGACACCGUGAGGCGGCGCCGGCGGAAGCGGCGGCGGGGCCGAGCGGGCAGCCGGAGCCGCGGCCCGCCGAGCCCGCCCGGGGCCUGCGGGAGCAGCAUGGCCGCCAGCCUGUGGAUGGGGGACCUGGAGCCAUACAUGGAUGAGAACUUCGUUUCAAGAGCCUUUGCCACCAUGGGAGAACUUGUUCUGAGUGUAAAAAUCAUCCGAAAUAGAUUGACAGGAAUUCCAGCAGGCUACUGCUUUGUAGAAUUUGCAGAUCUGGCUACUGCAGAGAAGUGUUUACACAAAAUCAAUGGAAAACCACUUCCUGGUGCCACACCACAGUCAAAGCGAUUUAAACUGAACUACGCAACGUAUGGAAAACAGCCUGAUAACAGUCCAGAAUACUCACUCUUUGUGGGAGAUCUGACCCCCGAUGUGGAUGAUGGCAUGUUAUAUGAGUUUUUUGUUAAAGUUUAUCCGUCAUGUAGAGGUGGCAAAGUUGUUUUGGACCAGACUGGAGUUUCCAAAGGUUAUGGGUUUGUGAAAUUCACGGACGAGCUGGAACAGAAAAGAGCCCUGACAGAGUGCCAAGGGGCUGUGGGAUUGGGCUCUAAACCUGUACGCUUGAGUGUGGCCAUACCAAAAGCUAACCGUGUGAAGACGGUGGAGUACAAUCAGAUGUACAACUAUAAUUAUAACCAGUAUUACCAACAAUAUCAGAACUACUAUGCCCAGUGGGGAUAUGACCAGAACACAGGGAGUUAUAGCUACAGCUAUCCCCAGUAUGGAUACACACAGAGCACCAUGCAGACAUAUGAAGAAGUUGGUGAGGAUGCAUUGGAAGAUCCAAUGCCUCAGAUGGACGUGACAGAAGCAAACAAACAGUUUAUGGAACAGAGUGAAGAACUCUAUGAUGCCUUGAUGGACUCUCACUGGCAGCCUUUGGACACUGUCUCUUCAGAGAUUCCAGCCAUGUUAUAGCCUCAUUGCAGAGGCAUUGUCUCUACACGACAAGCCAGCGGGCACCAGACUCCUACGCUGCACCUGGAACCUACAGUAGUGAAGGGAUGGCCCCUCUUCCACCCAGGUCUCUGACUCAAAGUACAGGGGGACUGUGGCAUUUCCUGUACACAAUGAGUAUUGGAGGAGCAUCGUGGUAGCUUUUAUUCAUGGUGAAAAUUAGAACUGCAACAGUUUUAUUCCUUUGGUCUCGAAAUGAACUCUUAAUACUUCUUGGAGAAUUGUAAUUUAUAAACUUUAAACAAGAUGGCACAGGGGAAAGACUCUUCUCCAAUGUACAAUAAAAAAAAAAUUGGUCUUUUAAGUAAAAUUAUCCUUUGCAUUUUGGUUCCUGCUCUUCUCUCUGUUUUGCUACUCAUUUAACUGUCUUAAACUCACACGAAACUACUUUCAGUAAAUAUGUUCUUUAAAAAAUCACCGUCAAUCACCACUCAAACAUCUCAACGCCUCAACAUGGAAUGGGUAAGGUGGCUGUAGAUCACAGGGAAAAACAUGGCGACAGAGUCUUUUGCUAUGCGUUUUCUAUACACCAAUGUAGCGCUACCAGGCUUCUGGCACGGUGACCUUGAGCACUCUGGACAGGGAGGGUUUUUUGGGAGGUGGAGAGGAUGAGUAGUAGUAUGAAACUAUCGUAGGCUCAUGCUCUCUACCUAGCCAUUAGCACAGUUUUGCUUGCCUAGGUCUUGAUGUAUGUA